AUGUUUGCCAAAUCCGCUACGCCGGCCACGCCCGUCAACAGACCCAAGUCCCAUAUCAACGACUCCGUCACGUGGGUCAAGGAAUGGUACAAUCCGCUUGAAUACGGCUCUGGUGGACCUGCCUCUUUGAAAUUGAAGGGCUGGGUCAAAACCAACGCUGCUAGUGCUGAAAACGCUGCUCCUGACGUCGACCCUGCAGGAUUAUUGAACUUGGAGGCCAGCAAGUACUUGCAAGAUCCUGUUGUGGUGGAGGUUGUUCAGGAAGUGCCUGAGGACCCUGAGCAGAACAAGGACUUGAGACUGGCCUUGAGCAUGGACAAGAAGGACGACCAGAUUUCGUCUCUUUCGGGUUUGGGCAUGUGA